UUGUUCAACGUGAAGUUGUCACACUUGUAUUGCUCAGUGCUUGAUAAAUUUUAUAAAAUACGGCUCUGGUCAGCUACAACUGUUGGAUAAAUUUUAUUCAGAAGUGUUGUGAUCAUUAUCAUUUGUUUGUUUAUUAAUAAAUUGAAUUAAAGUUUCAACAAGCUAUCGACGUUCAGAAGUGUUGGAGAAUUGCGAAUGAAAAUCAGCUACAGAAGAAAAUAGAAAAAAAGUAAUAGUUGUAAAAGAGGGGGAAUCCAAAAUGUAGUCAGGCUUCCACCAACUGGAUUGUGAGUUGUCAGUCCGUUAGUCGUCGUCUGACGGUAGUGUCGGGAUUAAGUGGCUCCAUUUUUCACCUGAUAUUUGAUACCCCGGUAGUAAAUAAAAUAACAGUGAAUCAUUCGAAAUGAAUAAAACACUAUAAUCAAUUAAAAAUGAUUUUUUAAUCAUAUUAAAUAACUUACCUGAAGAAAAUCAAUAAAAUUUCAGUGAUAAACCUCCAGUGAUUUAUUCCUUGAUGCCCCCUGAUUAUUACCUACAGCUGUAGAAUUUUUAAAUUAAUUUCAACUUUUUCUCCUAAAAUUGGGGAAUCUAACGAAGCGCCACGACUAAAACCCGGCGACCCCGGUUAUCUAUCGUUCUUCGGGGUGCCCUGAUUAGAGGAUGGAUAUUAGAUUUGCUAUCCUCGUGGUGACCAUCGCCGUCCUGAUGGCAGCCGGCGUUGUCACCAGGAUUGGAUCCUUCACUAGGAUCGCACAAGUAGCUUUGGUGGCAUUAUUAGUUCCUCUAUUCUAUAAAUAUCAUCGAAAACUCUACAUCAUCAUCAGGACACUACCCCGAGACAUCAGGUUUUUAUAUCGUUACGUAAAUGCUGACAAAGAAACUAAGCGAUUUGUCAAAAACAACACAACUGUUAUGAAAAUCUUCAAAGAAAGAGUUAGACUUUACCCUAACAAACCCUGUUUCAUAUUUGAAGGACGAACUUGGACUAAUGCUGAGAUUGACGAGUAUAGCUGUAGGAUAGCAAAUGUAUUCCAGCAAGCUGGAUAUGUGAAAGGGGAUGCAGUAGCUCUUAUGAUGACAAAUCGACCAGAAUUUAUAGCGACAUGGUUAGGGCUUGGUAAAAUUGGAGUAAUAACAGCUUUAAUCAACACGAAUCUACGAUUACAACUUUUGAUUCACUGUUUGACGGUUGCUAAAGUCAAGAGCUUGAUUUACGGCGAAGAACUAUCAUCAGCUGUGGAUGAAAUUCGUGAUUUAGUCCAGGAUAUUAAAUGGUACAAGCAAGGAGCAGGAGUUAAUGAUUCCCAAGAAGGAACAGAAAAUUUAGAUAAAUUAAUGGCUGAAGCAAGUCCGAAUGAACCAACAGUUAAAGAAGAACCUGGAUAUAGAGAUAACCUACUUUAUAUUUACACCAGUGGAACAACUGGUCUACCAAAAGCAGUCUUGAUGCCAAAUUCUAGAUAUCUUCUAGUUACUAUGGCCACUUACCAUAUGCUAGGACUAAGGGCUGAUAGUGAUAUUAUGUAUAACCCCAUUCCAUUAUAUCAUAUGGCUGGAGGUUUAGUAGGCACAGGUUGUGCUCUAGUCAAAGGAAUUCCUAGUGUUCUUAGAACAAAGUUCUCUGUAUCACAUUAUUGGACAGAUUGUAUAAAAUAUAACUGUACGUUAGCGCAAUAUAUUGGAGAAAUGUGCAGAUAUCUUUUAUCAGCACCACCACGACCUGAAGAUAGUAAACACCCAGUUAGACUCAUGGUUGGUAACGGAAUGAGGCCUCAGAUUUGGCAACAAUUCGUUGAUCGUUUCAAAAUUGCUCAAGUUACUGAGGUCUACGGUUCAAGUGAAGGAAAUGCAAAUAUUGUUAAUGUUGACAAUCAAGUAGGUGCUGUUGGAUUUGUACCAUCAAUUUUACCAAAAUGUUUACAUCCUGUUGCUAUUAUCCGUGUGAAUCCAGAAACAUGUGAACCUUUAAGAGGUCCUGAUGGAUUUUGCAUACGGGCAGAAAUAAACGAACCUGGCAUGUUCAUAGGACUGAUUAAACAAGGUAACGCGUCGAGGGAAUUCAAUGGAUACUUAGAUAAAGAAGCAUCGAAGAGAAAAGUACUAGAAAAUGUUUUUACUAAAGGGGAUAAAGCAUUUAUCUCAGGUGAUAUUUUAGUCCAAGACGAGCUAGGGUAUUUCUAUUUUAAAGAUAGAACUGGUGAUACAUAUAGAUGGAAAGGAGAAAAUGUUGCCACUGCCGAAGUAGAAGGAGUUGUCAGCAAUGUUGCUGGUUAUAGAGACACUACUGUAUAUGGAGUUCAGGUACCAGGAAUGGAAGGACGCGCUGGAAUGGCAGCUAUUGUUGAUCCAGAAUGUCUGCUAGACUUUAAAGCGCUAGCCGAAGGUCUAGAUCGUGCUCUUCCUGCAUAUGCACGGCCAAUAUUUUUAAGAAUAGUGAAUGAGCUGGAAAUGACCGGCACUUUUAAAUUGAAGAAAAUAAAUCUUCAAAAAGAAGGUUUUGAUCCUACUAAAAUUCAAGACAAAGUUUACUUCAGAUCUGGUAAUAAAGAAUAUGUUGAAGUAACACCAGAAUUAUAUCAAGAAAUAAUAUCCGGUUCAACAAAAUUAUAAGGUUUGAAAAAUAUCAUAAAUAAUUAUGAACAAAAAUAGUGAAUUUUCACAGAAAAAGAACCAAACUUUCAGAUAUAAAAUACAUAUUUGAGCAUAAAAAAGGAAGAAGAACGUAAUUAAAAGUGAUUUAAUGAUAUUCAAUUGUAUUUUUCUUUUCGUUGUCUUAAAUUAUAUCCAAGACCCUGGUAAGAAGAAUACAAAGAAUAGAGUAAAAAUAUUUUAUUAUUAUUAUCGUUAAUAAUAAUAACAAUAUUAUUUAUGCCUCAGAGAUUAAAAUUUUUAUUAAAUUUUGUAGUCAAUUAUCAAGAUGAUAUGUUUAUGUUAUUUUUGAAAUUUGUAAUUAUAACUAAUAUUUAGCUAGAAAAUUUUUUGAAUUAAAUAACAAAAUUAAGUUUCUAAUUAAUUGGGAAUAAAAGUUUUUAUCUUGAGAUAAAAACGACAUUCCAAAAAUAACUUUUUAGCCAAAAUAGCUUUGAAUCAGAUUCUUCUUACUGUAUUUUUUACACUUUUUGGAUGAAGAUCGAAGUCAAAUUUAGAAUUUACUUCAGAUUAUCUAAAUAGACUACCCUGCUUACCGACUAAUUAAGACAUUAAGAGAAAAACACUGUUUAAUUUUUGAAUGUAAAGCACAUAGGAAAGUCUUGCUGUUUUGAUGUGAAACAUACAUGAAUGUCCGCAACUCGCGAAAAGAGCCAGAUGUGUGCCAUUUAUUUAAAAAACAAUGUAUAUAGAAUAAAAUGUACGUAUUAAUGAAUUAUAAUUUGUUUAUCAAGCUAAAGAAUGUAAAAAUAGUGCGAUGCAUCUGUACAGGCAACACAAUUAAUUAAAGUUUGACAUUUAUUUAAAUAAAACAACCUUUUGUCAAUUCAAAAAUGGUAAGAUACUUAUAGUAGCAAUUGUAUUCCAACUGCUCAAAACUCUUUAUAUAAAUAAACAUAAAACUCACUACUCUUGAUGAAGGAUAAGAAAAAAAAACACAUAAAAAACUGCUUUAUAUAUUAAUGAAUAUCAAUGGGACUCGAAUUCCAUGGAAACUAUCAAAAUUUCGAACAUUUGAUUCAUCUAGUCUAGUACAUAUAAUAUAUGAAUUUGUUUAUAAAAAUCAACCUGUAAGAUUAUUAAUUCGAGCGAUGUGUGUAACGUGCCUUGUUAUAAGUCAUCAAAAACAACAAUGACAAUUGAUUAGAGCACGAAAUAUUCGAUCUCGUCCCUAAACUUACAUUUAAAAUCAAUAAAAGCACGAAAAAAAACGAUUGGUUGGUUGUGAAUGGAGACUGACUGUGAAUUUGUUGUUGCAUUUAGUUAUUCUAUUAUGUGAUAUAAGUGAGAAUGUAAAUGAAUGAAAGAUUAAGCGUUGAAAAUGUGUGGUGGAUGAUUUUUUUGAGAUAUUGUUUGAUGUAAAUAAAGACAGUUUGAUCACGUACCUUAAA